GCACAGAGCGAGCCGAGGGAAGCCGAACCCCUUCGGCCAUUUCCGCCAACGGACCGCCGAUGAUUUCCGACUGCGCCCAAAGCCACCCCGAGGCUCCUCGGCAACUUCCGGAAACCCAGAAGGGAGGUUGCCAAGCGCGUUCGGGCGUCUUCGGCACGGCAGGGACGCCCGGGCGACAGGAGGGCGGCCGCGCUCCGGCCCCAGCAAGACAUGCGGCUGCUUUCGCGGGCCCUCCGCGCGGCGCAUGGGUACCGAGCCGCCGCGCUGCCCUCUCGGAGCCUCCGGGCAGCGCCAGCGGGAUGGCCGCUCCCGGCGCGGCGCGGGCUGAGCGCGCGGCCCGGCCUGGAGCAGCUGUUCGCCGAGCCUUCCCUGCGCCGGCUACUGGAGGCGCGCGCGCGCGGCGAGGGCGGGACGGCGCCGGAGCUGGCGGCGCGCGUGCGGCGGCUGCGCGACAAGGAGCGGGAGCUGCGCGACACGCGGGAGCUGGCGCGAGAUGAGAACGAAGAUUUCCGGAAGCUUGCAGAAACAGAAAUUGCUUCUUGUGAAGAGGAGAUAGCUGAACUGAAACAUCAGAUAGUGUUGCUUUUGAUUCCUUCAGAAGAAACAGAUGAGAGUGAUCUUGUCAUGGAAGUAACUGCCGGAGUUGGAGGGCAGGAAGCCAUGCUGUUCACCUCGGAGAUAUUUGAUAUGUACCAACGAUAUGCUGCUUAUAAAAAGUGGAAAUUUGAAGUACUAGAAUACUUUCCCAGUGAAAUAGGUGGCCUAAGGCAUGCAGUAGCCAGUAUAGCAGGUGUUGAGGCUUACAAAUACAUGAAGUUUGAAGGAGGAGUGCAUCGUGUUCAGCGAGUACCAAAGACAGAAAAACAAGGACGCAUUCACACCAGCACAAUGACUGUUGCAAUAUUACCCCAACCCACUGAGAUGAGGCUGCAAAUUAGUCCAAAAGAUCUACGGAUAGAAACAAAGCGAGCCAGUGGAGCUGGAGGCCAGCAUGUCAAUACCACAGAUAGUGCUGUACGGAUAGUUCACAUUCCAACAGGGAUUGUGUCUGAAUGUCAGCAAGAAAGAUCCCAAAUUAGAAACAAAGAGAAGGCUAUGCAAAUGCUAUAUGCUAAACUAUACAACGCCAAACUAGAAGAAGAAACCAAAAAGAGAAACAGUGCUCGAAAGAUUCAAAUUGGGACUAAAGGAAGAUCAGAGAAGAUCAGGACAUACAACUUCCCACAGGACCGGAUUACAGACCACAGAAUAAGCAGAUCAGUGCAUCAUGUCGAGUCUUUCAUGCUAGGGGAAGAAAUGCUAGAUGAAAUGAUACAAACUCUGAGAGAAUAUGCUGAUUAUGAAUCUCUAAUGGAAAUUAUUUCAGAAAAUGAAAAAAACAAUUCCUCCUGAACAUUGCUCUUUCUCAGGCCGUUACAGCAGAUAUAGGCCUUGGUCUGCAAAGAAGCUUCUUGGAGCAUCACCCAGAAAAUUUAACUUCUUUUCAGAUCAUGAAAAACAUCCCAACUUGUUUCCUCAUGAACAUUAAACAGUUUUCUUACGUGCUGAGUGAAAGACUUUAUUAUUUUCAUAUAAGACAUUAUUGCUGCAGUAGUCCUUUUGAAAAUUUUAUUUGACUUCACCAGAAGUAACAGCAAUUUUUAACUUUUUCUAUGGAGAACUGAUGCACCACUAUCAAAAGGUAUGCAUGCAUUUAAGAAGGGAUUACUUAUAGUUCCAGUUUUCAUUUACUGUGGCUUAACCAUCACACAACAGUGUGAAAUAGGCUUACUUAAGAGAACAACAACAACAAAAAAAUCCUAUUUUGUUUGAGUGAUUGGAAAAAAGUGAUAAAUAAAUGACCCCAUUCUGCUAUCUACAUAUUUAUUAAUCACUUAGAUGUGUCAUGGGAAAAGGAGUAUCUCUGUCAUGUUUUCAAUGCCUUCUGGCCUUUAUUUAUAAACAUAAAACUAGUUUAGGAAUAUCCCCUGUUCGAGGAAAAAAAAACGCCAUAGAAGCUGAGUGAUGAAUCAUGUGAAUUGGUUUUGGAACAAAUGUUUCCGUUCUUGAGUCAAAAAUUAAUAUAAUUGUUACAAUAUUGUUCGGCUGAUAUUUUAGUAUCCACUUAACUUCAGUUUCUCCUUUAUGGUUUCAAUUGACUGUCCCAAGUUCUUGAUCUUCUAAAAGUUAUGCGCUGUGACUGGCACUUACUGUUUUUGUGUGUUUAUUUAACAGCAUUUUAAAACAUUUCAUACCUUUUUCAGCUUUUUUCAUAGUAAACACUGCAAGGUAACUGUGAUUAAGUUCCAAGUCUUUUAAUUUAAGAUGCAUACUUCAGAUGCAUUAACUUCAGAUGGGGGAAUGUCUGUGUGCAUAAGAUGAGAGAUUCAUAUUUCCUGUUGGUAAGCAUGAGACCUAGGUUCGUAUUUACUAGCAGUUUUGUAACUCCAAACUGGAGCAUUAAAAAGUAAAAAGAAA